AUGGCGGAGGCUGUGCGACGGGCACUUCUCUGCGGGACUCACACAACCUCUUCCACUUCUGCGGCUGGUGCUCCACACACACGCAGCGGCUACCGCGACGCAAAGUCGCCCAUUCUCGCGCUCCAUCGCUCCUACAAGCCGGAAAUUCAGGAGCGUAUGCUGUUGUGCCAACUUGUUACGACUGCCUUCGCUGCACCACACGAGUCGGGUAGUGAUGGUGGCAGCAUCUACAAUGGCACGAAUAACAUCAGCAACAGCAGUAGUGCUUGUAAUGCUAUUGCCACACUUGCUCCUGCGGCGUCGCUUCGUGGGUGUAAGGAGCAUGUUUUGGCUGCGCUUGAUCCUGGGCCGUACCUGCAGAUGGGGGACGAGCGCAGCGUUCCGCUAGACUCGGAGUUCGUGUCCCCCUUUCCUCCCUUUCAGUGGUGGUGGAAGCAGAAGAAGCAACACCACAAGUGCCCCACCGUUUCACCGGGAAUAGCUGAGGAGAGACAUCGGCUCUUUUCCUCCACACUGCGGCCGUUGUUUCAACUCCAACAGCUCCAACAAGUGGCAGACGCCGCAUCUCCCCGUGCUUCGGUGGAGGGUACCGGAACGCCGUCCAGUUCUUUUGGUCAAACGGCGGUGCCGCAAGGACGUCGUGGUGGCGACAGAGACGACAGCAGAAGCAACAGCAAUCGUGCUGUUCCCGCGCAGGAAAGCCGGCUCGCUGAACAUACACCGGCAGAGGCGGAGGCGGAAGCGGAAGCAGCAGCAGCAGCCGAGGUGGUUGCGCUCAUUCCGCAAUUACUUGCCUCCACGCCAUUGGGACGCACCGUGGCAAAGGAGCGUGCCAAAGCGGCCAUGGCGGUUGCGCUCGAUCCGUUCUUUAAGAACGACUAA